ACGUGAUCAGUCGAGUCGACGCCUUUACGUGAAACCUGCGUCAGCGUGCCGCCUUCUACAAAUCAUACGGCUUCGAGGCAGUUAGGAAGUGAGAGGAAAUGGCCAGUCAGUCCAUGGAGGUUGUUGCGAAAGCUCUGGAGCAGCAGGUGCUGCAUUCGGCACGGAUGGUGGAAGAGCAACUGGAUGCCGAACUGGAGAAGUUGGAGCGCAUGGAUGAAGAUGAGCUGGAGCUACUGAAGGAGAGAAGGCUUGAGGCCCUUAAGAAAGCUCAGAAACAGAAGCAGGAGUGGAUAUCUAAAGGACAUGGUGAAUACAGAGAGAUCCCAAGUGAGAGGGAUUUCUUUGCUGAGGUUAAAGAAAGCAAAAGUGUGGUCUGCCAUUUCUACAGAGACUCUACCUUCAGAUGCAAAAUUUUGGACAAGCAUCUAGCUGUUUUGGCGAAGAAACAUCUGGAAACAAAGUUCAUCAAACUAAAUGUAGAGAAGGCUCCAUUCCUAACCCAGAGGCUGAGGAUCAAGGUCAUUCCCACACUGGCUCUGGUGAAGGACGGGAAGACUAAGGAUUAUGUUGUGGGCUUCACCGAUCUGGGUAACACGGAUGAAUUCCCUACUGAAAUGCUGGAGUGGAGACUGGGCUGCUCAAAUAUCAUUAACUACAGUGGGAAUCUAUUGGAGCCACCAACUAUUGGACAGAAGUCAGGGUCAAAGUUCACCAAGGUGGAGAAAAAGACCAUCAGAGGCAAAGGUUAUGACUCGGACUCAGAAUCUGAUGAGGAUUAGAGGACUAAAACAUAAAGCUCCGU